AUGUUUCCCGAACCCCGAACUGUCUUUGGCCUGCAUAGAUAUGUUCGGCUCAUUGUGCACUGCGUCAGCCACUGGACUUACAAGUCACACCCCAUCCCCGACAAACCGACGUACACGGAGCAGGACGUCACAGUUAUCAUCCCCACCAUUCACCAUAACUUUGAGGAGCUGCGGCCCUCGCUGGAGAGCAUCAUCUGUACCAACCCCUCUCGUGCACCCUGA